AUGAAUCUGCUAGUGGCCCAGCUUUGGGGGCUUGGUUUCCCUAUUUUCAUUAGAGCUCUUGUCAAUGCCUCCACAAUCACGUUUGCAUACGUCGUGAUAAUGGGUCUCGCGGUCGAUCGGACAUGGAUCGUAGACAAAAAUGUGCAAGAUACAUCCCUCUCCCUUCCUUCUGUACCUCGACCGAGCCAUAUUGUUGCUCACUCCGUGUGGCGAGCGAGGCUGCAGCAGAGAAAAGUCGGUCGCGCCCAAGUGGUGUGCACCACAAGACCACCACCACAGAGCCCGGGCCGUAUGGACGCGGCCGGCACCGCCGCUACUUUUUGCUCGGGCGGGCAGACGGGUGGGCGCCGACGGUCAUACAACUUGCAGCCCGGCCACGGCAAACAUGCUGCUGCUGCUGGUGCUGCUGGUGCUGCUGGUGCUGCUGGUGCUGCUGGUGCUGCUGGUGCUGCUGGUGCUGCUGGUGCUGCUGGUGCUGCUGGUGCUGCUGGUGCUGCUGGUGCUGCUGGUGCUGCUGGUGCUGCUGCUGCUGCUGCUGCUGCUGCUCACCAAUCGAAUUGGCGCACAGCAUGUCGUACAGGGCCUACAAGGGAUCAGCUCAUCAAUUCAGCGCCAGCGAAAGCCUGGGAAAGAGGGGCCGGAACGAAACACAUCAAAAACUGGGAGGUGGCGAGAGAGUAG